AUGGUAAAUAUUUCUUUCCUUUGCAUUCAGGCUCUUCAGUUGCGAAAGAAAAAACGGGAAGAAUGUUUAGCUAAGAAAAGAUCGUUAGGAGGGAUUGGAAAUCCUCCAUUCCUAGUGGCUAUUGUUUCUCUGUCUGUCUCAGGAAGCACUGAGAAUCUUCUUGAAGCUAUCAAAUCCUGUGACAAUGAAGCUUGUGUUACUUAUAGUAAACAAGGCCAUUGUCAUAUCAGCGUGCCACGCUUCAAACACAGAUAUACUUUCUUGAUCCCUCGAUCUGGUGAUGUAUAUGCAAUUUUAGAUGCUUCAAAGGUUGCUGAUACACUGAUACUUCUCCAUUCCAUAGAAGAACCUAUUGAUGAAAGUGGCAAAACUAUCCUUUCAUGCUUGUUUGCUCAAGGUUUACCAUCAACUGUACAUGUUGUUCAGGGGUUGGACUUGUUAUCAGGAAAAAGAAAGUCAGAAGUGAAGAAAGAUAUUCAAAGAAAGAUUGAAAACAGGUUUCCAGAUGAAAAACUUCAUGUAAUAGACAAAUCUCAGGAUGCUUUGCAGCUUCUGCAUUAUAUUGGCAGUCAGAAAAAACGGACUCUAACUGUACGAGACCGCCGACCCCAUCUACUUGCAGAAGACACCAGUUUUGAGAAAAAUAAUUCUCAGAGCUCUGAAGGUACUCUAAAGGUGUCAGGAUAUGUCCGUGGACACCCCCUCAGUGUUAAUGGCCUUAUCCACAUACCAGGAUGGGGGGAUUUUCAAUUAUCAGAAAUUGAUGCUGCAACAGAUCCUCACCCUCUCUAUUUUCAUGGAAGCAAGAAGAGUUCAGCUAUUGGACCAAACAACAAGGGAGAGACAAUUUCUAUGGAUGAAGGAAUAAGGGUUCUUGACAGAGCAAAUCCAUUACUGCAAGAGUCACUAGAAGCUGAGAAUACCCCAGAUCCAAUGGAGGGUGAACAGACAUGGCCAACAGAAGAAGAGAUGGCUCAAGCAGAGGCCAUUCAGGACAAUAAGAAGAAAAAAAAGAAAGUGCCUAAAGGUACAUCAGAAUAUCAGGCUGCAUGGAUUAUAGAUAGUGCAGAAGAAGAGGAAAGUGAUGAAGAAGACAUAACUGAAAUAGAUCCUGAGUUGCAGGCUAUGGAAGAUGAGGACUCUGAGAAUGAAGCUGAUAAUACAUCUAGUGAUGAAGAACUUGAUACGGUAUCAGUGACUGAGGUAGGGGAUACACUUAAGUAUGAUGAGAAAAUAGACAUAGAGGAGGAAAAGAAAACACUUGUUAAGUUCAGAGAAGAAAGAAUGGAGCAGAUGUUUCCUGAUGAAAUUGAUACUCCUUUUGAAGAACCAGCCAGAUACAGGUUUGCAAGGUACCGAGGGUUAAAAAGCUUUCACAGCUCCCCCUGGGAUCCCAAAGAAAAUCUUCCAUCAGAUUAUGCUAGGAUUUUUCAGUUUGAAAAUUUCAACAGAACUAGGAAACGAAUUCUAGUAGAUGAACGGGAAGGAGCUCUGCCUGGCUGGUAUGUCACUAUUCACAUUGCUAAUGUACCCCAAGCUUUUGUUGAUUCUCUCUCCCAAGAGCACCCUUUGGUGGUGUAUGGAUUGUUGCCUCAUGAACAGAAGAUGUCUGUCUUGAAUAUUGUGGUGAAAAAACACUCAUCAUGUACAGAGCCUAUCAAAUCAAAGGAAAGGCUUAUUUUCCAUGUUGGAUACCGCCGGUUUUCAGCUUGUCCAAUCUUUUCUUCACACUCAAAUGGAGACAAACAUAAGUAUGAAAAGUUUCUAAGAAGUGAUGUUGCUGUGGUUGCUAGUAUGUAUGCUCCUAUCAUCUUUCCACCAGCCCCAGUUUUAGUUUUUAAAGAAUACUGUGAUGAGUCACAACAUCUUGUAGCAUUGGGCACAGUCCUUGAUGUAAACCCCGACAGGAUUGUAGCUAAACGAGUGGUUCUCAGUGGCCAUCCUUUCAAAAUUAAUAAAAAGUCAGCAGUAGUUCGAUACAUGUUUUUUAACAGAGAGGACAUCAUGUGGUUUAAACCUGUGGAGCUCCAUAGCAAAUAUGGUCGUCGUGGGCACAUCAAAGAACCUUUAGGUACUCAUGGUCACAUGAAAUGUGUGUUCGAUAGUCAGUUAAAGUCCCAAGACACUGUACUAAUGAAUUUGUACAAGAGGAUAUUUCCAAAGUGGACAUAUGAUGCCCAUGUAUCCACCCCACCAUCUCUUUUUCAGGCCCAUACCAGCAUAGGGAAUGAUGAUGGUGAUAUGGAAGCUGAAUUAUUUGACUGAAAUGCCGAGGCUUAAUAGGACUUUAUAUUAAAUCAACAUUUCAUAAAGUUCAUCUGUGUGCAUUUCUGUGAGAAAUAAAAGAAGUUUGUUCAUGUAUUUAGCUACUUUUUAAGAGUCA